CACUGAGCCUGUGUGAAAUGGUUGCGCGCAUGCGCAACGCUGCAGACCUCGACUAAAUUGAGGUCUUUGUUGAGAUCAAAAAGACAAAUCUUGCUCGAGCUUUUCAGAUAUCUCAGGGAUAUUUCGUGAAACGACAACUGUGUUGUAUACAAUCGCGAGCCUGGUGAAAUCCCAAACACGAACUCAAGGAUGUUAGCAUAGCUGACAACAUCGGAUGUAACGUACAUAAACAAACACAUCGCUGCCGUUUUAAGGUGGUAUUUUUUUAGCGCAGCUUGAUUUUAUUUAUUUGUACAAUUACGACAAGCGGUUUGCCGAAAUGAGGAACUGUCAUCAUUUUAAGGAAUAGAUCUCCUCUUCAUCUCCAUGAUAUCAUGAAAGAGGAGAGGAGUAUUUGUAUGGAAAGGCUGCCGAUGGCACGCAGAAGUGGGGUUCAACUUUCCAGCUGCCUCGUCCAGACAGAGGAGAAGAGGGACGCAGAAAGAGGAUAUUUGUGGGCCAGCUUUAUUUCACAUAAAUAGUCAGGCUGCAAAAUUUGGAAUCAGGUGGGAGAUGGAGACUGUCGGGAAAUUCGAGUUCAGCAGGAAGGACCUUAUAGGGCACGGUGCCUUCGCAGUGGUAUUCAAAGGCAGGAAUCGAGAGAAGCAUGAUUGGGAAGUUGCAGUCAAAUGCAUAAAUAAGAAGAAUUUGGCCAAAUCUCAGACUCUUCUGGGGAAAGAGAUCAAGAUAUUGAAGGAAUUGAAACAUGAGAACAUUGUUGCAUUGCACGACUUCCAGGAAACGGCAAGCUCUGUGUACCUAGUGAUGGAGUACUGCAAUGGGGGAGACCUGGCUGACUACUUGCACUCUAAGGGCACUUUAAGCGAAGACACCAUCCGAGUAUUCCUGCAGCAGAUCGCUGGGGCCAUGAGGGUCCUUCAGGCCAAAGGGAUCAUCCACAGAGACCUGAAACCCCAGAACAUCCUGUUGUCCCAUCCUGCAGGCCGAAAGUCCCACUCCAACAACACCUGCAUCAAGAUAGCUGACUUUGGCUUUGCACGGUACCUCCAGAACAACAUGAUGGCCGCCACACUCUGUGGGUCCCCAAUGUACAUGGCACCUGAGGUUAUCAUGUCACAGAACUAUGACGCCAAGGCUGACCUGUGGAGUAUAGGGACCAUUGUGUUUCAGUGCCUGACUGGAAAGGCUCCAUUUCAGGCCAGCAGUCCACAGGACCUCCGCUUGUUUUAUGAGAAAAAUAAAAGUCUUAGCCCAAACAUUCCCAGAGAAACUUCCAGUCAUCUCAGACACCUGCUGCUUGGCCUCCUGCAAAGGAACCAUAAGGACCGGAUGGACUUCGAUGAAUUCUUCAGACACUCCUUCUUGGAGGCAAGCUCCUCUAUGAAGAAGUCUGCUCCAGUGACCGUGACUUGCUUUCCCAAUUCAGCCUCUGCAAGCUCAUGCAGCAGUUCGUCUACUUCACACCUGGCCUCUCCUCCUCAAUCCCUUGCAGAGAUCCAGCAGGUCCGUGCAAAGGCGUUAGCCUCCCCUACCCAGGAUUCUCCAGGAUACCUGCUGAAGGACUCGGAAGGUGCCGGAGGCGGCAGCAGUAGCAAGAACUCGUCCUGUGACACUGAUGAUUUUGUCAUGGUUCCAGCUCAUUUCCCCAGUGAGCUUACCUGUGACAUGCCGACAGGAAAGGUUAACCAAGACAGUCUGAUGUAUAGUGGGAGUUCACUUCUGGCAUCUGGAGGUCAGUGCAGUCAAGUUAAGACCCCUCCACGCUCUCCAUCCUACAGCAGCUCUCCAGGACCCAGCGGCAGGCCGAGUGAGUUUUCUGGGAGUAACUAUGGCAACUAUGGGCAGUCUGUUCCCAUUCCAGUCCCCACUCAGAUUCACAACUACCAGCGCAUGGAGCAAAACCUCCAGUUCCCAGGUCAAGAGGGCUCUCCACGAUCUGCCACGGUCCAGCGAUGCGGUAGCGGGAGCUUUCUGACCUGUGGAAGGACAGGACCUUCUCCUCCUCAGCCUGGUUGUGCUCUCACUUCUCGCAGGCUGUCCACAGGAGGCACAAAACCCUUCCAGCUCUCUCCACAGGUGGGCACCAUUCCUGAGUUGCCAGGCCAAAUUUGCCCAGCGAGUACAGAAAUGGUUCAUAGGGGCUCUCGGGGUGGAGAAAGCAAGGCUCGGCCACAACAGCAGGGUCUAGGUACGCGGCUCAACAGCGCCCCCUGUUUGCUGGAGGCGACUGGUGGGUGCAGGCAGAAGAUCAGGAAGCAGCAUUCAGAUCCAGUGGUAGCUCCUCAGGGAAACAUGAUGCCCUUUAGGACCCUGCACUCCUCACCCAGGCUCAGUGAACUUAUGCAACGCAACCCCCUACCAACCAUCCUGGGUUCUCCUUCCAGAGCCAUGCCCCCAUUUGAGUUUCCCAAGCCCCCGAGUUCCCCAAACAUGGUCACGUUUCUUACCCACCAGGGCCUCAGACCAGCUCAAGGAGAGGCUAGUUUGUCACCUAUCUACCAUUCUGAGGAGAGAAAAGGCUUUGGGAGGUCUCAUAGUGCUGGACGCCUAUCUGAUGUGCUGCUUAUGGCGGCGUUUGGGGGUCAGCGAGGAGAAAGAAGCAGCAUGGAGAAUCUCAAUUCCGACAGAGGCAUAGACAUCACAGCGCCACCUGGUGGUGGAGGCAUCGUGGUGGGCUCAGGUAGCCCUGCUCGAGUAGUGUUCACUGUGGGUUCUCCGCCUAGUGGGGGAACACCUCCUCAGAGUUCUCGCUCAAGGAAGUUCUCCGCAGGUUCUUCAAGCUCCAUUAGUCCGGUAGGGUCCCUCACCAGCCGCUACCCGCAAACAGGCCUUCUCGUGGACGGCUACGAGGGGCCCUCGAGUCCCCGCUACGGUUUCUCUGACCCCAUCUCAGCCAACCUAGAAGGAGCUGUGACUUUUGAAGCCCCUGAACUACCAGAGGAGACCCUAAUGGAGCAGGAACACACAGAGACUUUGCACAGGCUCCGGUUCAUGCUGGACUUUGCCCGAUGUAUGGUGGAUGUGGCAGAAGCCCGGGGUGAUGAGGCUCCCCAGGCCGACCCCUCUUCCACCAGCCUGCUCCAGCAACAAAGCCUGGUGGCCGACCAGAUCAGCUCUUUGAGCCGAGAGUGGAGUUAUGCUGAACAGUUGGUGCUUUACAUGAAGACGGCAGAGCUUCUGUCAUCUUCAAUAAACACAGCCAUGGAAGGAAUCAAGCAGGGAAAACUCUACCCCUCUACCACCGUCAAACAAGUGGUUAGGAGGUUGAAUGACCUGUAUAAGUCCAGUGUGAUGUCCUGCCGCUCUCUGAGCGCUCAGCUGGAGCGAUUCUUCUCCCGUAAACACAAACUCAUGGACCACAUCAACAGCAUCACCGCAGAGAGGCUCCUCUUCAGCCACACCGUACAGAUGGUGCAGGCGGCUGCUCUGGAUGAGAUGUUUCAUCAGGGGGAAGCCUCAAUUCAGCGCUACUAUAAGGCUUUGCUGCUCAUGGAGGGUCUGUCUCUCCUCCUCACAGAACAGACUGACAUCCUCAGCGUUAGCAAGUGUAAGCAAUGCAUUGAACGCCGUCUCACCGCCUUGCAGUCGGGUCUCUGUGUGUAAAGUCUCUCCAGCACGCUGCUGUUACACCAUCAAGAUUACCGUUGCCUCCCUGAGCACCUCUCGAAGUGCUGUGGGGGAGGGGAUGGCCCUCUGAUUGGACCAAGUUAAUCUGAUUGACAGCUGAUGUCAUAAUGGUGGAAAAAUACACAAAUGUUGCUACUUUA